CGGCAGCCACUGACAGCUAGUUAAUGGGGGGAGUGGACUCCAAGAACUCGGAAUCUGUUUUAGAAAACACGACAUCGACAGCAAAGACAUCCAAGUCUGACUCAAGGAGGGCUUGACAUCCUAACGGUCUUAAAAACUAAAAAUGAGAAACUGUCUACCAGCUUCAAUCCAAUGGGACGUGUGUACAAUUCUCGCAUUGGUCUUAUAUACAGCUCAAGCCUUUCCCCAGACGGAGAUUAAACUCAGCCAAGCAUUCACAGACUUCCGUCAGCCCUUCGCCUGCCCUCUGUUUUGGACAGAAUACAACGGGAACUGCUACAGGUUCUUCCCAAUGAAUAAAACCUGGGCCGAAGCAGACUUUUACUGUGCAGAGUUUUCACUUGGCAGGACAACUGGGAAAUUAGUGUCUAUCCACAGCUGGGAUGAAAAUGUUUUUGUGUAUGACCUAGUAAACAGUCAGGUUCCAGGAGUACCUACAGAUAUCUGGAUAGGAUUAAGUGACAGGAGACAGGAAGGAGAAUUUGAAUGGACAGACGGGACGCACAAUGAUUACACCUACUGGGAUGGAAGUCAGCCUGAUGAUGGAACCAAUAGCACCCCAGAGGACGAGGACUGUGUUCAGAUAUGGUACAGAUAUUAUAGCGCCUUGCGUUCCUGGAAUGACAAUAGCUGCAGUCGUGAAUUCCCUUUUGUCUGCAAGAUCCCUUCACAGCCAAACAUGUGAUCGAUUCACUGCUCGUCUACAGAACACAUAACAGAGGAUCACCGGAGAGAAUCGUACAAUCUCAAAAUCUACUUUGAAUAUGCUAACAGAUCAUGGUGCUUUUUUAUUAACACGAUUAAUAAUAAUAUUCAUGUGUAUGUAUCUAAAUGAAUGAAUCUGGUCAAAAAUAUCUAUAUUGUUUUGUUUCCCAGUGCAGUCUACGUGACUUCAAUUAUUCUGAUAGAUUAUUGAAUCCAGCCCAAUGUCUUAAAAAUCAGGAGUAUCCAGUCUGAAAUGAAAAUGAUUCCAUCAGCUUCCUAUAGGAACCUUGAGACAGCCAAACACAAAUUAAGAAUAAUGGGAAAAUAUCUCAGAGAAUACCCCAAAACAAUUGGAUGCCUUUACUCCUAAUUAAAUGUCAAUCAAAGCACGGUCAUUUGAAACAAAAAAGGUUUUCAUAUUCAGAAAUGCAAAUAAAAAUGAUGCAGGAGAUCCUGACAGCUCCCCCUGUGCACAAAUAUACCUGGCCAUAAUAAACAGUAUACCGAAUUACAGAAUUUAAGAAGAAAACAGAAAGAUGCGGUUCAGACAAAAGUGAUAGAAUUUAUUAAUGUUGCUUUCAACAAGAUUCCAUUUUCUCAGCAAGUUAUUAAUUGUUCUUUAUAGGACAUAUCCUAAAGUCAGGUCAUUUUUCAUUAAAUAUAACCCUAAAAAAGGUGCGCAGAUCAAUUAUAUAUUCCCGCAGCAUGUGUUUCAA